AUGGCCGAGCGUGGGGCCAUGUGGGCCCUGCUGGCGCUGGCCUGCCUGAGCCCGCCCGGCUCCGCGGAGACGCCGCGUCCUCUGUCGCCGGACGUGGGCACCAUGGCCCCUGGUGCCCUGCUGCGAGCCCCGGGCACGGCCUCGGCACUGCCCGCCCGCAGUGAGGACCCCGUGCUGUCCCUUAACCUCGGUCUCAACUUCAAGAUCAAGGUGCGGAGCCAAGGCAGCUACCGCCCCGCGGUGCCCAGCGCCGAGCCCCCCCCGCCGGACCCCGCGCCCCCCGGGCUCUGGACGGAGCUGCCUCCCGGCUCCGGGUGGCUGGGCGCUGACGACCCGGAGGACGGAGCCGGGGGCUGGGACAGCUCGGAGGCCCUGGAGCCCACGGCCCAGCUGUGGGCAGCUGCCCGGGCAGUGCCCCGGGGUGCUGGGCUGGCCACGCCGGCGGGGGCCGGGCGAGAGCGCAGCAAGGAGCUGGAGUUCAAGAUCGACAUUGACCUGACGGCCGGGCUGGACCAGGAGCGGGGCGCGCCCCCCACCAGCCUGCUGCGCCAGCAGGCUCCGGGCACCCGCUGGAGGUACCCGCUGCUGCCCAGCUUGCGGGCCGGCAUCUCCGAGAUCGCCAGCCAGCUGGGAGCCUCGGGCUUCUUCAGCCCCACGCUGGCCCCCGACGGGCACCUGGGGCUGGAGGGGAACAGCACCACCGGUGCCUGGGACCUGGCCCCUGAUGGCAGCCCCACGCCCGCCCGCGCCACGGAGCCAGACCUGCAGCCCAGCGGGCACAGCCCCUCUCCUGGCAGCGCGGGGGCCAUGGCCGGCGACCCCCUGGAGACGCCCGAGCCCUGCAGCUCGCCGGAGCCCCCCGCGGCGCCCGCCUCACCGCCCCUCCUGGUGGGUCUGCACGCCGACUGGAACACGGCGCUGGCCGCCUGGGGCCCGGCCUGGGAGGCCCACGUCUAUGGCGCCGGCGCGCUCUUCGGCCUGCUGGCCCUGCUGGCCCUGCUGGGCCUGGCCGGGCUGCCUUUCCGGUGCCCUGUUGGCGCCGGGCUCCUGGCGCCCCUGGACCUGCUGCUGCUGGGCGCCGGCGCCGCCCGCGCCACCCUGCUCUUCUCCGAGGCCUACGGGCAGCACGAGCGGCUGCCCGCCGCGGCCACCCGGGUGCUCCGCGACCUGCCCUUCCCCUGCCUGGCCGGGGCUCUGGGCACCGCUUGCCUGCUGCUCUCGCUGCGCCCCCGCGCCAAGCCCCCGCGCUCCGGCGCCGGGCGCCCCGGUGCGUUAGCCAUCCUGCUGCUGCUCCACUUCUCCGUGGCCGUGGCGGCCGCCGUGCUGCCCAGCAUCCCCCUGCUGCGGCUGGUGUCCCGGGGGCUCUUCGCCGUGUUGGCCGCACUCCUCUCCCUCGCCUUCCUCGCCGUUUAUGGGCUGGCGCGAGCCGAAGCCACGCAGGUGCACGGCCUCGCCGGUGCCCCGGUGCCCGCCGGCCACUGCCCCUUCGCCAACGGCCACGAGUGGCGCCGGGCGGCACGUGCCGUGGUGCCGGCCGCCACGUGCGGGCUGCUGAGCGCCGGCUUGCAGGGCUACGCGGUGCUGCACACGCUGGGCUACGGCCUGCCCCCCGCCACCUUCGGGCCCUGGCCCUGGUGGGGGCUGCAGCUGGGCUGCCGGCUGGCCGAAGCGGGGCUGGGGCUGCCGCUGGCGGUGCUGGCGCUGGGCCGCGGCGCGCCGCGGGGCCGUUGCUGGGCCAAGCUGCUGGGGCUGUCGACCGCCAAGGCGCCCGCGCUGCCGGCCCCCGCGCCCUGGGCGCAGCGCGAGAAGCUGGGCGUGUGCGACACAGUGGCCCGUGCCGGACCCGAGGGGCUGCCGCUCUGCCCCUUGCCCGCCGAGGCCACCUCGGUGCUCAGCUUGCCCCUGGACGGCGGGGACCCCACGGCUGACUUCCGCCCGCCGUCGCCCAUCGACCUGGGGCGCAGCAUCGCCGAGGCCCUGUGCAGCUCCCCCAGCCUCUUCCAGCCGGCGCUGGGGACCCCCCCAGUCCCGGAGACCCCCGGGGUCUGGCCGGCGGGGGGCAGCCGCUGCUCCACGCCCCGCUACGGACUGUCCCGUGCCGGAUCCUGCCAGGCCCUGUGCUCCAGCCCCGAAGCGCCUGCGUCCCCCGCCCGGGACCCCGGGCCCUUCCGGGGGCUGGCAGGGAUGGGCGAUGCCCGGUGCUCGCCGUCGCCGCCGGGGGGGCCCUACCGCCCGCUGCCCCCCCCCUCGCUGGAGUCGCUGCCCAGGGGCUGCCAAAGCGACCAGCUCAGCGUCGGCAGCGACACCAUUGACUUAUAGAGGGGGCUCGCGCCCCCUCCCAGCCCCCCGGCCCUGCCCCGGAGAUGUGCAAUCAACUUCCCACAUGGUGCUAGGCCCCCAUCCGAAAUCUGGGGGGGGCUCUGGGCUCCGGGACCUGAGUUCGAGUCUCGCCUGGGGCCCCAGCCUCCUGCACUUGAUACCAGCAAUAAGGGGCUGCAGCCCCCCUCCACCCAGGCGAGCAUCCCCUGUGUGCCAAGCUCUCCUCACCACCACUGGGGCCCAAAGAAGGGACCCUUGAGACUCCAGGGACCCCCCAUCCUGUACCCCCUUUCCCCCCCACAGCCGGCUGCUGACCCCCUGCAGUAGCAAUGCCCCCGGUGCCUGUUCUGGGCUCGGGGAAGGGGCCGAGGCCUCGAGACCCAACAGUGCCAAUAAAGGA